AUGCCACAUGCGACUGAGCCGGACUAUCAGUACAUCCAGGUCAAGAAGCUUGCGCCCACAUUCGGUGCAGAAGUGUCUGGCAUUGACUUCAGCAAACCUGUCGAACCAGAAGUGUUCAAGGAAGUCCUUCAUGCAAUUACAGAGUAUGGCGUCUUAGUGUUUCGUAAAGCAGCCCUCGACGACGCGCGGCAUGUCACCUUUUCUGCCUUGUUCGGUGAACUAGACGAUGUGAAGCCCUACCUUACUCUCGGACGAAAGAAUCGAUUCCCUUUCGACGAACUCUUUGACGUCUCGAAUCUUGAAGAUGAUGGAUCGCUCGUGCAGGUCGACAGCAAGAGAGAUCAAGUCUCUAGGGGCAACUCGCUCUUUCACGUCGACUCCGCCUUCAACCCUCGACGCGCAGGAUACUCGCUUCUGCGCGCCCACGAGCUCCCACCCCCCGGUCAUGGAGGCAACACCGACUUUGCCGACACUCGCACUGCCUACGCCGAGCUCCUUCCUGAGUUGAAAGCACAAUUGACAGAACACGACUACGUCGGCGCCAACUCGCUCUGGCACUCGCGCAAAAAGGCCUGUCCACACUCUGAGUUCCUGAAAGGUAUCGACCCUGAAGCGUACCCGUUCGGGCGGCACCGCAUUGCGCAGCUCCACGAGCCCUCAGGCCGCAUGAACUUGUAUAUUGCGAACCACUUGCACCAUCUGGAAUAUGCGGACGGGACACGCGUGCCGGAACCCGAGUCGACUGAGCUCAUUGAGACGCUGCUUAAGCAUGCCACGCAGGAUAAGUAUGUGCUGAGCGUCGAGUGGCGUGAGCCUGGUGAUUUGAUUGCUUGGGAUAAUACAGCAGUGAUGCAUCGGGCAGGAGAGGGCACAUUUAUGGGCAAGUACAAGAGGGACAUGAGAAGGACGACGGUGCAUGAUGGGAGUAGUACGGCUUGGGGGUUGAAUGAGAGGACGACGGCGAGGAUGGGUUUGCCUUGA